AUGGCCUCUGAUUUUCUCAAGCCCUUGCCAAUAUUUUGCAGUCAGUCGCAGUCUCAGCAAUCGUCGAGAUGUCGACUCACGAGCCUUCUGUCUACCACAUCCCUCUCACAAAAGCCAUCCACACCACCAGAACCUCGGCAUUACCGCAUCUUUGCAGAUUACAGCACGGAUUUUAUCUGGCGAGACUUCAAUGACCUCAGAUUCGGGGAGGGGGACUGUGUGUUAGAAGCAGAGGAAGUACUCUCUUCCUUCCCUCCGUCGGUCUUGCAACUCUAUGACGCCUGGGUCGACACAUACAACGAGAAUUUCCGCGAACGACGUGAGAAGAGCCAAACCUAUCGUGCCACUACCUUUGAAAGUGUUUCCGAGGAAGUGGCAUGGAAUGUCGCUGGGUUUUUGUUGGCGUGGCGCAUUGCAAUGGCGCCUCAGGACCAGGUUGAUCUUUUGGCUAAAGGAAAGUUUGUGGCAUAG